ACCAAGGCAGCGAGAGAUGCUCCAGAGCUGAGUGUAGGGCCAGGGAGAUGGCAUCCGCUGUAGACCUGUUUCAGUGGUAGGCGAAUUGCAGUGGGUCAAGAUUGCUUGGGAGGCCGGAGUUGAUGCGUGCCAUGGCCAACCUCUCAAAGCACUUCAUGAUGGUGGAUGUCAGAGCCACUGGUCGGUCGUCAUUGAGGCAUGUUACCUUGCUUUUCUUUGGUACCGGGAUGAUGGUGGUCUUCUUAAACAGCAACACACUGAAGGAUUCCUUGUUCGCGAAACUCCUCCAGCUUCAAUGCCACUUCACGUGGACCCCACAGAAAGACAACAUUGACCUGGACAAUGCGAAGCUUAGAUUACAAGAUUCUAUAAAUCUUAGUGUAAAAUAUAAAGCCACAUCCUACAACCAUCUGGCUUUUGUAAACUGCCUGCAAGGCAACCAUGAAGAAGCAAUUCAAAACUUGAAGGAAGCUGAAAAGAUUCGGAGGGAGAACCACAAAGAUGAAUUUGAAAGAAGAAGCAUCAUCACCUAUGGAAACUUUGCCUGGGUGCAUUACCACAUGGGACAACUGACCGAGGCCCAGUCCUACCUCGACAGGCUGGAGGUGAUCUGUCAACCGCUCACCACUGACCCUCGCUAUACAGCAAUGAUACCUGAAGUGUACGGGGAGAAGGGAUGGUCAUUGCUCAGUUCUGCUGCUGAAUACUAUGAGGAGGCAAAGGAAUGUUUUGAGAAGGCUCUGGCGGAAGAUCCUGAUAAUGUGGAGUGGGUCAUGGGCUAUGCCACUGCUCUGUUUCGUCUGGCGUCAUUUUCUGGUAUCCCAGAGAAUCAGGAGCAGAGUGAGUCAGUGAGACAGUUGCGUCGGGUGCUGGAGCUUGAUCCAGAUAACUCUGUGGCCAUGGUGCUGUUGGCUCUAAAGCUGCAAGAGUUCAGUGAAGAGCAGGAAGCAAAUGAAUUAGUUGAACAAGCAUUGCAGAAGACCCCUGAUCUUCCAUACGUGCUUCGCUAUGCAGCGAAGUUUUACAGAAAAGGAGGCGCUGUUGAUAUAGCGAUAGGGCUGUUGAAGAAAGCUUUAGAAUCUACUCCACGCUCUGCCUUCUUACACCACCAAAUAGGUAUGUGUUACAGGGGAAAACUAUUCACUCUGAAGAAAGAUCCAGGCAGCAAACACUCUUCCAAUGUUGCAUUUCAACAGAAAGCUGAGUUGAUCGGUCAGUGCAAGCAUCACUUUGAAGAGGCAUUUAUACUAAGACCAUCAUUUUUUCUUGCAAAACUGGAUUAUGCAGGAAUCUGCUUAAUAAAUGAAGAAGUACAACGAGCAGAGGAGAUCUACAACGAUCUCCUGAGCAUGGAGGAUAUUGCUCCAGAUAGUAAGCAGGCAUUAGUUUUACAGGUUGGAUUAUUUGAACUGCACCAAAACAGAUCUGAAUCAAAUGCCAUCAACUAUUUUCUGGAAGGACUUAAACUCCAACAUGGCACAACACAAUGGAAAAUCUGUGACACUAACUUGAGAAAGAUUUUAACAAAACAAAUUUGCAGAAAUCCAAGCAACAGCAAAGCCUUUGGUGUACUGGGGUUAGUGCACCAGCUGGCUGGGGAGAAGACUGAAGCUACUGAAUGCUUUGAAAAGGCUUUGGAGUUUGAUCCUGACAAUGAAGAAUAUCUCAGUGCUCUUCGUGAAUUACGCCUUUCUACUUAGGCCCUCGAUACCCAAAUGGACCCCAGGGCAUUUUGCCUGUGGAAAGGUCCUUCCUCAACUAUUUCCCGCUAUUACACAGUUGACCAAUGUCAUGUAUAAUACAUUAAUGUGGACACUUUAAUUCACAUUUCAUUGGCGAUCAUCUGCAGGUUUUGUGCUUGAUUUUGUGACUACACAGAACAGCAUUCCCUUCUCUCCCCAGUACUCCAAUUUCCAUCCGAGAUGAAGUGUAGAAUAUGUGAGGUCAUUUCAGGUACAUCUGAUGCUAUGGCUGAAUCAGAAGCAUAAGCAUGUAUUUCAACUGUAAGUGCCCAGUCCAAUGACUCAGUGGGUUUGAUUUCACCUUCAGUUGAUUGCUAGUCAACUAAAUUCUGGGUAAAACAGAUUUUUGUGUGAUCAGAGCCAAACAAGAGGUGCCAUCUGAUUCAGUUUCCAGGUUAUAAAGCUUGCUCCGAAAGAAAAUGAAAUUAUUUAUGAAAUACUCAAAUCAUUAUAAAGGGGAAUACUCAACUGCACCAUAUUUCUUUUCAAAUGGGGCAAAAUCAGUUAUGACCUAGAUAUGUGGAAUGUUUUAUAAUCCAGUUUAGACUGGAGAUUGAUUACUUUUGAUUUUCCUUAACCUUCUGUGUUACUUGCAGUUAAUACUUCCAUUCUAAGCAACUUUUAGUUUGAAAGCAAAAAUAUUUCGGAUGUAAUCUCCCCUACUUGUACUAGAGUCUUUGUAUGGCCCCAUUUUACCUGCCGCACCAAUGAGUUAAAGCUUAAAGUGAUCUACAGUGAAAAAGCACCACGGCAGACUCAAACUGUUCAAAAUGCUAAAGUAUUAUGUUAUAAAAACAGAAAAUUCUGGAAACAUUCAGCAGGUCAGUCAGCAUCUGUGGAAAGAAAAACAGAGUUGAUGCUUCAGAUUGAUGACCCUUUGAAGGCCCAGAUGCUGCCUGACCUGCUGAGUGUUUCCAGAUUGUUAAGAUUUCAGAUUUGCAGCUUUUUAUUAAAUUUUCAUUUAAAGCUUUAUGGUCAUUGGCACAUAUUUUCUGAUCAAUAUUGUUAAAUGUGCUGUAAUAUCAGUGACAAGUGUUAAAGUAACCAAUAAAAUGCUA